AUGAACGACCGUCAUGACAGAGACGAUUUACUGCAAGGGCCGCUGAUGUCCACGCCAUCCAGCUCCAGCACUCCUUCUGCGUCGACCGAUGCAGACGUCGACCACGAAGGUGCGCGCAGGCGCCGAAGUAUCCCGAUACCGGUGAAACUCCAGGAAACCGACCAAGCCGGCCAGUACCUCCUGACGGCAGAGGAUGCGGAGCUCCUGCAGGAAGUGCUGCGGUCCAAUCUGCAUCUAGAGAAAUCCGGCGAUCUCCAGAAGCAUCGCUUCCGUUUUCGAGACCUGCAAUUUACUCGGCAACUCAGCACGUUCGAUCGUCAAAACCCCUCGUUCACCUCCUCGCAGUUCCAUGGAUUCUUCACGCUAUUCUGGCUUGGUGUGGCUUUGAUGAUGGUUAAGAUCGCGGCCAACAACUUCAGGGCCUAUGGGACCCCGUUCGGAACGAACGAAAUCAUUGAGCUCAUGCUGAGCCGAGAUGUCCUGGUGCUGGGGAUCACCGACGUUAUCUUGUGUUGUUCGACCUUGUUUUGUCUUGGUCUGCAACGGGAGAUCCUCAGAGGACUCACAACAAACCCAAUCCGGAACCAGAUUUGGCAGACGGCAUAUCUCGCUGGCUUCAUUUGGUGGACCUACCACCGUGACUGGCCAUGGACGCACACCGUCUUCAUGGUCCUGCAUUGCUUGACAAUGCUAAUGAAGCAACACAGCUAUUCCUCUUAUAACGGAUACUUGUCUGAGCUGUACAAAAAGCGAGACUUGCUCCGGGUCCGCCUCCAGCGCCUGGAGGAACAUAGCGGCCACCGCUCCGCAUCGAGAAGCUACUCCACCUCCUCCUCCUCGGUACAUGAUGGUCGACUGAAUUCCGAAAUUACCAACUUGAGGAAGCAAAAUCGGCAGCGAGGCUCAGAUGAGUUCAAGAACUUUCGAGGCACCCACGACACAGAUCACCUCCUGUCACUGUCCGAGACCAUUGAAAACGGCACCCCACUUGAGCCAACCCAACUGCUCUCCCUCAAAAGCCUCUUGGAAAAGGAGAUCGCACUACUUUCGGAAGGGCUUCGCGGCCACUUUUCAUCGCACAACCAAUAUCCUCGGAACUUGACCGUGGGCAACUUUUGUGACUUUGUCACUCUGCCCAUCUUGGUUUACGAGCUCGAGUACCCACGCACGGAGCGAAUCGACUGGGCAUAUGUCGCCGAAAAGACCGCAGCUACUUUUGGCACCAUCUUUGUGAUGAUUGUGGUUUCCGAGUCCUGGAUCUACCCCGUGGUCAUGAAGACGGUACAGAUGAAGGAGAGAGGCUUGACGGUGCCGCAGAGACUGCAAGAAUUCCCCUGGGUGCUCAGCGACCUACUGUUCCCCUUCAUGAUGGAGUAUCUACUGGCGUUCUAUGUGAUCUGGGAGUGUGUGCUCAAUGCCCUCGCCGAAAUCACCAGGUUUGCCGAUCGCGGAUUCUACGCCGACUGGUGGAACUCGGUCUCUUGGGACCAGUUUGCCCGGGAUUGGAAUCGACCGGUCCACAACUUCCUGCUGCGACACGUCUACCAUAGCUCCAUCAGCACGUUCCACCUCUCGCGGGUCUCGGCAAGCUUGAUGACCUUCCUGCUGUCGGCCUGUGUGCAUGAACUCAUCAUGCUGUGUAUCUUCCGGCGCCUGCGGGGAUACUUGCUCUUCCUCCAGAUGACCCAGCUGCCGCUGGUCUCGCUGAGCCGCACGCGUCUCAUGCGGGGCCGGAGGCUGGUGGGGAAUGUCGUCUUUUGGCUGGGGAUUUUCACCGGGCCGAGUCUGCUGUGCAGCUUGUACUUGAUUAUUUAG